AUGUCCAACGCCCAAGUAGAAACUGAGGAAGAAGCCCUACUCAGAUCAGCUCAACCGUACAUUGACAUUAUUAGCAAGCACGACUUGUAUCUUGCAGAAACUCAUUGGACAAGUAACAAACUAGAUUUGAGAAGCUAUACUUCAAUUAUACAUGAAAUCUUUUUAAUACAUUCAAUUACUUUCAAAGGUGCUAGAGACUCGUACAAAGUAAGAUGUAAAAAUCGAACCUGCCCUUUCAGUCUCAAUUUUGAAGUCAAUAGUGGAAUGACUUUGAACUUGAAGCAUAAUCAUGAUUUAAAAACGAAAUCACCAACUGAUAUAUAUAUAUUAAAAGUAGCAUUAAGAGUCAUUAAUUACAAUCUAGAUGAAUCCGUCCUUCAUUCUAUUUGUAAAGAAAAGAUGCGAGAGGAAUACGAAGAUCUGCGAAAAUUGAUAGAUAAAGUGAUGAAUGAAUCGAUAAUUUACAAGUCAAAUUUGGCUAAAAUGAUGACAAGGAAUGACAGUAUCGAGGAUAUAUGUGAAAAACUAAAUGACACUUAUUAUAAGUUUUAUGAGAAGAAUGAGAUUUCGAAAGAGUUGUAUAUACUACCAAUACGAAACACUUGUACUAUAAGAAAGACAAGCUAUCACACGUUAUUACUAUUUCAAAAGUUGCAAGAACCAACUGUUUGUGGGUUCAUUAUAUUGCACAAAAUGGAGGAGUUGAUGGAUGUCUUGCUGUCAAAAGAACUAUUGGAUAGAACAUAUACGAUUGAGUUAGAUGCGGAUUUAGCUGAAGUGUUCGAAGGGAGCAACGUGCAAUUCAAAAUAAAUGACGUUUUCAUUAAAGCGAUUUUGAUGAAGAACAAUAUUUUAAUAGAUGAGUUAAAAAAUGUUGAAGAAAUGAAUUUACCCUUGAGGUUUCAAUAUUUACAUCAUAUAAUAGAAAACUAUGAAAUUGACGCUGUCAGGACUUCCCAUGUAUUUAUUGCCCUUAAACAUUUCAUUUACAAUCAGAGAGAUAAUCUUGUCACAAAUGUUAAGAUUCUUGUACAGUUGUAUAAUGAAGUGUUUGUUAAUGAUGCUGAAGAUUUGGCUGAAGAACACUUUUUGGACCUUCUAUCACGACUCAAACUGGUUUCAUCUUCUCUUGAAAGAUUUGAACAAAUAGAAGAGACGGAAGUAGAACGGGAAUUCGCCAAUAUUUUAAAAACUCUAUUACGAAGUCAACAAGAAUGGCGUCAUAAAAUAACGCCUGAAAUCUUGGAGCUGUUGAAGAAAAUUUUGAGUCCAUUGCUUAAAAGUGAUGAGGAUGAGAUGGCAGAUGCUAUUUAA